GACCACGUACGAGAGGCGAUAUUGGGUUUAGCGAGGCUCCGCGCUGAGAAAGCAGCAAUCCAGCGAGCUGAAGAAGAAGCCAUGCGCUUGCUUGAAGCCGCUGCUCUGCCUACCGAGGAAGCGAUGGUGGUUCAGGUGCCCGAUCAAGCUCCGCUGGAACACCCCUUACCGCCCCCUCGAAUAAUGCAAGCCCCGGCGAUCAAGGUUGAACUCCAGGGUCAUACCUACCUCGCAAACGGCCUUCUGCAAGUCAAUCCGCGCGGCCGUCAUCCGAUCUAUGACCUCAUAACGCGUUCGGAGCGCGAAUGGGAAGCCAAGCUCGCCCGCCAAUCACGUACUCUUCCUGAUGCUCUGAAUGAGUACAAGCGCCGGUAUGGACGGGCUCCGCCGAUGGGGUUCGAUCGAUGGUGGGCGUACGUGCAACGGCACGGGGUGCAGCUACCGGACGAGUACGACCAGAUCAUGCGCGAUUUAGAAUCGUUUUGGGGGAUGGCGCCACGGGACGUUAGGAGGAUGCAAUCGCUUGCUAGAGGGAAGGAGGGGACGUACAACAUUGCGAGCAGUAGUGUGAAGGGGAAGAUCGAGUUGAGCGGCACGAAUCUGGGAAAGGGAGAGGAAGAGAAACGAGGAGCAGAACGGGCAAAGGAGCAGCUGGACUUGCUGCAUGGAUUUGGGGAAACGUGGACAGACGAGCGAACGGGACAAGCGACAAGUGUUGAGAGGGAGAUUGUCAAGGCCACUGGGGACUGGGAGGCCACGUUCAACUUGUAUGAUGUGCCGAGGGAAUUUGUCAGCUACGAGUGGGACAGCGAGAGAAGGAUGAAGGCACAAUCGGCUGCGGUUAUUGAAGGCCCACAAAAGGCACCAGGGCAGACCAACCUCGGAUGGGCCGCCGCCUGCCCGCCUAACUCCCACCUGCGAUACUCCUACCCUCCUCCACCCGAGUUGCCUAUCCAAUUCCUGGAGCGGAAGACGUUCAUCCAUUCCCAUCGGCUGACGAUGAAUCCCUGCUCCCAUUCAUCCCUCGUUCAUCUUUCUGGCGUAUUGCUGGCUGAAGGCCGUGGACCGGAAGUACAGGAGCCUGCGCUGAUAUUCGGCUCCAGCACCAUGGAAGGCCUCUAUGCGGAUAUAUUGACAGUUCCGACCCAGGGGUGGGUAGCAGAGGCGGAAGGAGAUGUAGAAUGGGAGGAAAAGCUUGAUGAGCGAUUAUUAUGGCGGGGAAGCACGACGGGGGUGUUGUUUUCCCCUGAACAUCGGUGGGCAGCGAGCCAGAGGAUCCGGUUCAUGGAGAUGGUCGGGGUGCACGACAAUUUCCUGAAUUAUUCAGUUCUUUUGCCCAACCCAGAAGACACUCCCGUGGGCAUUCCAGAACCCCGCUUCCAGUCGUGGAUGAAUGCCCUGCUCACCGACGCCGCAUUCGUGCGCGGCCCCGUACAAUGCACACCGUCCGAGUGUGAUGCGCUCUGGCAGCUGUACGAGUUCCGCAGCUACAUGCCCCACACCCAGCAAUACAAGUACAAGUACUUGUUCGACGUGGACGGCAAUGGCCGCAGUGUGCGAUUCGAGCGACUCAUGCGGUCCCGGUCACUCGUGCUCAAAGCGAGUAUAUUCCCGGAGUGGUACUCGAACCGGAUACAGCCGUGGGUGCACUACGUACCUGUUCAACUCGAUCUCAGUGACCUGUACGAUAUCCUCACCUUCUUUCGCGGUGACGUGGGCCGUGGCGGGGAAGGGGCACACGAUGAAUUGGCGCGGAAAAUCGCCUACUCAGGCAAGGCAUGGGCGGAGGCCUUCUGGAGAAAGGAGGAUAUGGUUGCGUACGUUUGGAGACUCAUGCUGGAAUAUUCAAGGGUGGGGAAUGACGCAAGGGAGUACUUGGACUUUGAGCUGUGACACAUCUGUUUUCGGAAGGGAGUCAAGUAAAUUAAACCCCUGAGUUGGGGCUUGUACAUAUAAUGGAGAUACCAAACAAUGUGUCAUGUAAUGGAAAUUGUUGUAUU